GGCUCUCCCGGGUGCUCUAUUUAAUCCUCGCCUCUGCAGCAUCCCUCUCUGUGCCUUCCGUCAAUACAGCAGCAGAGCGCCAGUCGUCGUAGCAGCAGCAGCAGCAGCAUCUCCAUCUCCGGCCGGCCUCUCCACUGCUCUGCUCUGCUCGCCUCCCGGUUUGUGCCACUGCGGCUGGGCUGGAGAGAGCGAGCGAGGCAGCCCGCCAGGGAAGGGGGGAGCUUUGCUUUUUCCGCUCUCCCUUUCCCCCCGGUGGGGAGGGGGCAGGACUAAGUUCGCCAGGAGCGGAGAAGGAGAAGAGGAGGAGGAGGAGGAGGAGGAGGAGGGAGACAGAGCCCCCUCCUCUCCCCGCCCGCCCGCCCGCCCCCGCAAGUCAUCCGAGGACCCCCCCACCCCACCCUCCGGGCUCCCAAGAUGCCCCCUCCGGCUCGCAGUCUCUUGUUCCUUCUGGGCUCCUGCUUGAUCGCCACCAGCCGAGGAAACCUUUCCCAUGACCGGAGUCAACCGACCACGUCGGAUGAAACGGUGGUGGCAGGCUACAAGGUGGUCCUCCGCUGCGAGGUGGAAGAUCCCGACGAGUCCUCACUGCAGUGGUCUAAUCCUGCGCAGCAGACGCUCUAUUUUGGGGAGAAGCGAGCACUGCGAGAUCUCCGGAUCCAGCUGGAGAGGUCCACGCCGAACGAGCUAACCAUCAGUAUCAACAAUGCCACUCUGGCGGACGAGGGCGAGUAUACCUGCUCCAUUUUCACCAUGCCUGUGCGGACCGCCAAGGCCAUCGUCACGGUGCUGGGCAUUCCUCAAAAGCCCCAGAUCUCUGGCUACAAGGAGCCUCUUAGAGAAGGAGACACAGCCAAGCUGAUGUGCGUCUCCUCCGGCAGCAAGCCGGCUGCUAACCUCCGGUGGCAAAAGGGGGACCAGGUGCUGACAGCCAUGCCGCCUGAGGUGUCAGAGGACGCCAACGGAAAGACUUUCACUGUGACCAGCCGCAUCGAGAUUCUCGUUCAGAAAGAGGACAACAAUGCGGAGGUCACCUGCACAGUCGAUCAUGCUUCCCUGCAGAACUCGGACAAAUCCACCUCCCAGAAGAUAGAAGUCUUCUAUAGCCCGACGGUUUCGAUUGAGCCUCAUCCUGAGUACCCACAAGAGGGGGAGCACCUUGAGCUUCACUGCGAUGGACAAGGCAACCCCAUGCCCCAAGAAUUCACGUGGGAGAAAGAGGGUGCCGAGGUCACCCGCUUGGAAGCCCAAGAAAAUGUCCUUAUUUUUCCCACCCUGAACAAGAGCGACAGCGGCAUCUACGUUUGCUACGCCACCAAUAUCAUGGGGACUGCCAUCCAGAAAUACAACCUGGCUGUUAAUGAUGCUAGCCGAGUGACGCACAAUAGAAGCACGUACCAUGCCAUCAUUGGGGGAGUGGUCGCCGUCGUUGUCUUCCUUCUCCUCAUCCUCCUGAUUUUCCUGGGGCACUAUUUGAUCCGGCACAAAGGGACCUACCUGACCCACGAGGCCAAAGGCUCAGACGACGCCCCGGAUGCGGACACGGCGAUCAUCAACGCGGAGGGAGGGCAGACCGGCGGCGACGACAAGAAGGAGUAUUUCAUCUAAGCGGGGGUGGGUGGGGCGCGCAGCAGGGCAGCAGGGGGGAAGUGGCGGAUCGGAACCCAGCCUCAACUGAACGACAACGGAACCCACCCAACCAACACGUCCGUGGAAUUUCUCUCGCGCCCAGGAAGGACAGGAAAGCGGGGACCUGGGAUCGGCGAUGGACAGAGGAGGAGGGAGAGAGGUCGAGAGAGAGGUCGAGAUCAGCUUGGCUCGCGAUGCUUCUUUGAACUUGUAUAAAACAUUCUUACUAAACAGAACAACCAACCAACCACCUGAACAUUCGGGGGAACCCCUCGAUGCCCCUGUUCCUGCUUGCUUGUACCUACAUAUCUACGGCCUGCCAAUUUCGCACUGAACAGAGUUGGAGAGCGAAUGAUCCUCCCUCCUUCCCUCCCUCCCUCCCUCCUUCCCCCUUUCGCCCGGUUCCCUUUUGAGGUUCUCUUUUUUCUUUUUUAAUGGCGUGCUCUGUUUUGGACUCCUUUCCUUUCUCAAUCUCUGUUCUUGUUCCCUUCUGUUUAGAAUGUCUUGAUGCAAGACGGCUGUGUUGGGGUUAGGGUAGGUGUACGUCGGCUUUCCUUUUUUUUGAGUUGUUUUGACUUUGGGCUUUUUUUGGAAGGAUGAAACCAGCUUGCAUGGAGAGAAGGAGUAAGGGGCCACCCAAGGCUGAGAGACAAGCUCCCCUCCGCCUGGCUGGAACCACUUAAAUUCGCCCCCGGCUGUGGCUGCAGAAGGAUCGGAGAGUGCCGAUUAGGUGAUGGAGGGAACCAGGGAGUUCUUCUACAGCUUGGGAACCAAGCAGGAAGGUGACGGUUUGGGAAGAGGAUCCUGUGUCCGUCACAGCUGACUAAAUUUGGGUGGCACCACCAGUGCCGACCCUGAAAUCGUGGGGGGGGGAUCUCAAAAAUGGGGAGAAAAUUUCCCCUUGGGUUCCUUCUGGCUUUCUUUCGGGGUUCCAUCCAAAUUCAAGACGUUGUGGCAGCAGCGGGUCUUUAGAGGGUACCCCAGAAGCCAGCCUGGGGCCGUCCUCUCGGCUUGACGUAUCUGGGUCCGGUCAGUGCGGAUCGGAGGUGCUGAAGGGGCCAAGAGCUUGCUGGUUUUAUCCUUCGAGACCGUUGUGUUCCUCCAGUUGAGUCUCUUUGUCUGAGCGGAGAAUGUUGUUGUGCGGUACGUGUGCCAAGGGGCGCCAGCUGGCCACCUCCAGUCCCUACCCAAACCCACGGCCAGAAGGAUUGGUUCACUGAUCCCUCCCCCCCCCCCCGGUGCUUCCUUAUCAGGAGGACAGGAGUCCCACAUGCUUCGGGGACGGUGGUGGUCAGAGAGGUGCCCCAUCCCUGAGGAUGUCUCUGCAUUGGAAGCUACAGUGUCUCAGUGCAAAAGCGUAUCUACCCUCUUGCGUCUUCCUUGGGCUAGAGGAGAAGUGAGGCCUUCCAAGGGUGCCAGGUGGAGGUUUUCUGUGAGGACAGGGUUCUGUGUCGGCCCAUAGUGCCUCCCUCCUGAGCAAGCAGGGUUCCUGGAUGGGAUGCCCACUCCCCCAAAUCCACACUGUGUGCUGCUAACUUGAUCAACCCUGGGUCCCCAUCUCCCUUCAUCCUCAGCUCCAGUGGCCAGUUGGGGACCUCUGGGCUAGACCCCUCCCCACGUAAUGGAAGUAGAGCGUUGCUAGUGUGCUUCCCCGGAUCCAGCGGAAAGUGCGGUUCCCCCCACCCAUCAUGCGGACGCCCACAGCUUGUGUCUGUGGCUAGCAGUUCUGAUGACCUGUUUGCCACCCCCCCGAUGGGAUCCCAGCAAGGAAAGGUUCGUCCCGGGACGCAGUUGGACAGGGUGGUGUGAAGGGAUUCCAAACCUCAAUUCAGUUGCCCGCAUGGCCCAGUCUCAAGGUCGUUCUGCAAUGUCUUGCCAUUUUCUUAACGAGAGCAAUCAUCUUCUUCGUCUGAUUCUUCCUGUUCUUAUUAUGCUUAUCCCACUUGCCCUUUUAUCACAAAAUCUUCCUUUUUUUGAAGCUUGAAAAUCUACUGCUAUGAUUCCCCCGCCCCCCGCCGGCCCUCCUUAAAAAUCCUCCAUUGGGGCCAGAAAUUGGGUGGAUUUUUGAAAUGACUUAAAAGCAGAGGAGGGCGUGCUAGAAGGCGAGAAUUGGCCAUUUCGGGUUUGAAGGCAUCUGCAGGAUGGGUGGGAGAAGCAUUUUGACUUAGUUCGGGGAGUUUACAUUGAUCUAUAAUGAUUUUUCAGAAGCGGUUGGAAUAAGGUGUGCCCUGGUGCGGGCUUCCUAGCUUGGCUGCUCCGUGGCCAUACAUUUGCCAUGUUCCAAGUCCAAAUGCAGCGCAAGAUUGUGAUCAUCCAGCUUUUUCAUAAGACCACGUAGCAGUUAAUGUUGGUUUGCAAAGACAGCUUGGCUAGGGACUAGUGCCUCUGAGCAUACACAGAGCACCCCCCUUCUCUCAUUACAGGCUUGUCAGAGCCAGCCCUGACCAGUAUUGAGCCCCUGAAACUGUGAUCAUUUUCUUUUGUGUGUGUCCUUCCAGAAGUUGGUUUGGGUUUUGUAAAAGAGGGUGUGGCAUGGAGAAAAGGGAUGGCAAGGGAUGUUUUCUCCCUCUCUCGUGCACCUUGGAGCGACAGAUUCUGGAGAGGCAAAAAAGAGUGCUUCUUCAUCGUUAGCCUAUGAAACUCACUACCACAAGGUUUGGGGUUGGCCAGUGGCUUGGAUGGCUUUAAAAGAGGAUUCGUAGUUCAGGGAGGAGUCUCUGUCUAUUGAAGGCUAUUACUGCUACUACUAUUAUGAACAUUACCCAUAAAAGCUAAGUGGAAUCAUCCGGUUCAGAGGUACUCUACCUCUGAAUAGUGGGUUAUUGGAAGGCAACUGUGGGGGAGGGCUUGUUGCUCUCAAGUGAUGUUUUGUGGAAGCAACCAUUGGAAACAGGGUGCAGCAUGGACCUGUGGUCUCAUCUGGCAGAGUUCACAUGACUGUUGGUAUUCUGAAGUGGUAACCUUUUCGCUUCAAUUGUGCUAUCUUUGAGGACUCAUCAGGCCCUGAUCUAGGGGUCCUAGGGUACUUUGGCCUAGGGGACUCCCCUUGACAGCCAUCGGAGAGAAGGCAUAGCCAGUCAGGGAUCCCUGGGCACUGUGACCCUUUGCAGCCAAAGCAGAGCGUUGGAGAGAAGGCAUAGCCAAUCAGGAACCGAAGCGAGCAGGACAACCAACCUGAAUUUCCCCCGUGAGAGCCGAGAUAAAAGAGCUGGCCUUUGACUUGCCGGUCCCUGAGAUCUGCGCCCCAACCCAGUUAACUUCUGAAUGGGCCUGUGCCCCGUGAACUGAAGAUGAUCACUCAGCUGAUUCACCCGGAUCAGACUGAAGCUCAGCCUAUGCAUUUCUGUAUCUCUUUGGCUUGCCCUGCAAGCCAAGCAUGCCUGCAAGAAUCCUCCUGUGCCAUUUGGCCCCAUCACCAGAUAAUUUAGAGCUAUACUGCCCCUCAACAUCGAAGCUCUACUUAGCUCUUGCAGUGAAUAGCCGUUGAUAGACUGAUCUCCUCUUGUUCUUUAACACACACACACCCGAACAAGGGCUGUGUAUUAUUAUUUCUCUAUGCAUUCGGGUUGAUAACCCGGUCGCAGUCGUGAGUCACGCAUGUGAGAAAAUUCACCGGCCCCUAACCUGUGGGAGAGAGACCAGCCCUGCCCUUCUCUGUGUGUGUGCACGCGCAUGCACACGCGGCGGGAACGACACAUAGGCACCAACAAGGAAUUUGCCGGGUGUGUCUUAAGUGAUGGGGCCUCUCAUGUUGUACUAAUUAGAGGUGAUAUCUUCAGCUCAGCAGGGUGAACGACAGCUUUAAAGCCCUUGUUUCUUCCAGCACAAUACAAUUAGGUGUCUUUUGAAGCUUUUCCUGCCAACUUGCAUGUUAACAAAACCUUUCAGGGUUUUUUUUUUUUGGUUUGUUUCUUGCAGUCUGGUGGAAAGCAAUCGCCUCCUCUGAAAUGACGGGGAAGCGGUGGUUUCUCCUUUAACCUGUCCCUACCUUUGGCCUGGGUGAGCCUUGCUGAUCCUGUCCUCACACCAAGUAAAGCUGGGAUAUUGAGACUGAGCCCGGAGGCUUUGACAUCCGCCCACAUCCCAUUGGGCUUGGAAUUAGUGUCCUUGUUUCUAAAGGUCUGACCUGGCCAAGUUGGUGAGCUUAGGAGGCUACCUAGGACAGCAGUUUGGAAUAGGUGGCAAAUGGCUUCUUCUAAACUCAGCUGGAAAACAUUUAUUAAGAGAGUUCAGAUCAAACUGAGCAGCUAGAUAUCCUUUAGCAUAUCUAAGUAUCACCCUGAUACUUUUUCUCUCUCUCUCUCAUCUGAUAUUGUUUGGCUUCUCUUGCAGGAGAAACCUUAGUUUUUAACUUCACUUUUAUCCAAAUUUUUGGUACAAAACCUGUUUUGUUUAUGCCUAUAAUUUAAGACUUCUUCUGUUUCUUUAAAAAACAAAAUGAUGAAGUGACCCAGUUAGGAAAACCUGGAGAAAGAGUUCCUAUUGUACCAAACGUUCUCUAGCCACACCUCCCAUAAGGACUAGCAACUUGUUACUUCAGUCAUAUAAUUUCUGUGGCAAAGAGCCAUUUGGAACUUUAUUUAUUUUAUUGUUAAAUUUGUAUACCGCCUUUCAUUAAAACAAUCUCAAGGCGGUUCUUCUUCUCUUCCCCUCACCCCAAGAAAUAGACUCCAGUUUUGUCCUCAAGGCAAUGGCUAUGUUAGUGGAUUACAGUUAACAAAUCCCAGUCUGAAUACUGUAGGGGAUAAAAUCCACUCUCAGCAUAGUUUGAUCACUCUCCAAACACCCUUAUUAGCUGGAAGGAAGGGGAAAAGCCAGUUGGUUGAAUUUCUGCAGAUACUGCAAACAAGAGGACAACAAAGACUUAAUUUAGAACGAAGCACUCUAAUCCAGGACAAAAUUCUGUAUUAAAUAUGCAAGAAUAUUUAUUCAAAUAAUUUAAAACACCAGGCAUCGUAAAAUGAAGUAGAAUUUCGCCAAAUAAACCAAGGCAAAAGAAUGUUUUAUAAAGACAUACAAAAUGAAGUAUCCAAUAUUUAAUCUACAAAAUAAGUACCAUGAGACAUGAAGAUUGCUUAUAUCUUAUUGCUUAUAUAUAUGCAGGAAAGAAAACAGUUCAAAUCUAAAGUGCAAGUGGACAGUUAGGGGUAAAUUAAUGGCCCAAUGUGUUUUGACCUCUCAUGGUUUUCAUCGGUGGUCCAUUCAAUGCAUUAACCAACUGCUGCUUCCUCCAUUUGCCUGGGUUUGCCUCAAUCGUCACUCUUUCCAACUUCUUUUCAUUAUACCAACGAAUCUUCCUUUCCAUUGUAUUCAAUUCCAAAAUGGUACGGAGGUUCUCUCCACUGCAAUGACCAUUUUCGUCCAGGUCUCUUAGACUUAACCUAGCCCAGCCCACAACCAACUUUAUUUUUCUUUCUCUUAUUCAUGUAUUGCCUUUCUAUCCUGCCCCCCGCCCUUCCUCAAGGACCCGGGGUGCCAUAUUUGUUCCCCCUUUCUCAUCUUCACAACAACCCUGUGAGGUUGUCAGCCUUCAUUAACAGGUUUGUGGAAGAAAUGGCCCUCUUUGGGAAGUCAGGUCCUAUUAAAAUAUAUGAUCCCUACCAGAAGGAAGGACAGAGCAAUAUUGUCUCUGUUUUGACAUAUCAUUCAAACCUCGGGAUGGGAUCGUUCCUUUGAGACAAGCCGUAAAUUGCAGCCCCACAAAGAUUUAUGGAGCGUUUUAUCCGUUGAGCGUGGAGAGAUUCGAGUCAUGGGUAUUUUGGGGGGCUGUCAACCAAUAACUUUCCGAAACGACAUGGGCAUCAGCUGUAGAGGGAGAGAAUGCAUUCACUGGGCACUAAGAUGAAUUUGCUCCUCCAAGGUUUUAUCUCCAAGAAUACCCUCUGAAUAUUCCCUGCGUCCCAGAUACCUGGCCAUGUCUGAAAUAUCCGAUCUAUUGGUCUUAUUCAAUUCCCAGCAUGCCAUCUGUUGUGCUUAAAGCCCAAGAUUCCACUCUGAUGCAGAUGAAGGCUAUGCAAAUCAGGGGUGACUCAGAAAUCCAUGAAUGGCAUAGGACAAUGCAAUCUCAGAUAUAGCGAAGGAGGAGGGUCAAAAACCUGCCCCUCACCUCAGAUGCCGGGUGUCGCUGCCCAGAGGCACCUCUCUUUUAACUACAAAUUAAUGGCUGCCAAGAAUGUGUGGCGUUUGAGGACCAAAGUUAGGGUGAAACAACCUGCUUACCCACUCCGUAAUAGUGGGAGUCUCGAAUGACAUUUUCGCACAGUGGCUGAAGUGUCUGUGUACUCAGGGACAUUUUGCAACCCUCCCCAGGGACCUUUGCAAGCGACAGAGAAACUCCACCCGUCAUAACAGGAGGCAUUUUGCUAGCAUGCAUUUGAUGGUGUUGGCAUAUUUGCUGUGUGUGGCAUUGAGUGCAAAGGCCUUUGGGGUCUCCAGUUCUCCAGGACUGGCCUAGCGUCUCCAGGAAUCGGUCUCCAUCUCCAGGUGACACUUGAAAACCAGCCUGGAGAUCUCCAUGGCUUGGUGCUGUGAAAAAUAUCGGAAGGCAAAAUAUUGGAGGAACGAACAUCUCCAGAAAUCGCUUCAGUCAGAGUUGGCAACCCUGGUGGUGUUUUGGCCUUGGUGACAGAGUAGAUUUUGUAUUGCAUUGAAACAAUCAAGAGAUGCCAACAAUGUUCAUGGCCUCUCUUGUAAGGCUAAAUGUUCAGAAAGCAAAACAUUUUAUGUAGGUAUGUGUGAGGCGUGGGCAGGGUCAGUAUCACACCCAAAGGCAGCUGGCAAUCAGAGCAGAGCUGACCGUGGUGCUGAAAUCCAGUAACCCAGCAUUGAUUCAUGCUGUCCUUGGCAAAUCUUAUGCCCUACAAGCUCCUACCUAGAACAGGGCACCUACCACGUUCAAAUUCUGAUUCCAUAUGUGAACUCCCACAGAACUUGAGUAGCAAAAUGGGAAUGCUUACUGCAUUUUGGAUGUUCACAGAUUUCUGUCUCUGCUUGGCUUUCUCCGCUCCCCUGGAGUCAGGAAAGAGACCAUGCCACACAUCUGUCACCAGCACUCAUUGGAUACUGGACUCCUGCAGGAAUCUCCACAUUAUUUCCACAUUUUCACUUGGGUAGGGACUCUUGAACUUGUACACAGUGGGUCCCUAUGAUCUGGUGGCAUCUCCUUCAGCUUAGAAGGAUUUGGGAGGAAUUGGUGUCAACGUUUGCUGCAGAUCACACUCUAAUUCCCCAACAUAUUUUCUUGCACGCUGAUUCCAUGGUAGCUCUUACUUUCAAGCCAGCCUCCUGAGGUUAAGUCUCUGAGCUGUAUCUUGACUCUAGUUUGCAUGGAUUUCAAAGCCUCUGCAUCACUACAAAAGACGGAUGAACCAUUUCCUCUCCAUCCUGCCACCAUCCCUUAUCCAGAUAGCCCCCCUUCUAUCACUCAAGUCCAGAUAGUCAAUUCUUCUGGGUAAUUCAAGAAGCUAGUCCAUAAGGAGUGCAAUCAGCUCUGUGGUAAGAGUCAAUGUUCUAUUAAACAUCCCUAAGCUCUAAGAAGGUUAGUAUCCAUUGACUUAAGUCUGGCACAGGAAACCAGUGCAGGAUAAGCUUUUGCAGGAUAAAUGAGUACAGGGUACAGCAGAUGGAGAAAAGCCUUCAACAAAGGUGUGUGUGUGAGAGAGAGAGAGAGAGAGAGAGAGAGAGAAGCUCACGCAGUGGUUUUUGGUAUGAGAAUUAAGCAAUAUUUUCAAGAGCAUUAGGAAGGCACACUCCAAAUUAUUUCAUUCCUGUGCAUUUCAGGAUUUAGAGGGGCCUUAAUAAUCUCCCUAAAAUUCUGUGUCAUUUUUUUGUUUUUCAUGGCAGCAACCACUUUUUAUGCUGCAUUCCAGGGCACUUGAACACAAAAACACACACACACAGCAGAACGUAGCAGCCAUUGGGAGAUAGCAGCAUAAUGGUACACUGCUGACUCAGUUGGUGGCAAAAGCAACAUGUCAAAGGAAGAUCUUUUUAAAGAGCAAGAAAACCUGAUGGGUGCAAAGGGGGUCCUGGAAAAUGAGCCCCAAUUCGACCCAUCCCUUGCCCAACCUAUUCAUUUUGAAAUGAACGAGAACCUACCUCAAUGGGCCCCAAUUCCCAUCCAAAACAGACUGCAUUCCUCUAAUGUGUGUGUGCAAGAGGAUCUCUUUUCACUGAGGACACCCUAGACAGUAUUCACUCUGUUGUGUCUAGUGAGCUUUUCCUUUGGAUGGAGGCAUUUAUUUUAUGGCUUGCAAUGCUGAUUCUGUUUGUGUGUAUAUAUUCCUCCCCCGACCCCAUGCACUGAGUUCCACUGCCGUUUCUGAGCCGGGGAGAUGUUCAGGCCAGGAGCUGAGAUGCAAGCCUCUGGUUCUAAAACUCUGCAGAGGGUAGGGGGGAGAAGUGAGGGGAAUCGGAGCUGGUGACACUCCAGUGGAGCGAGGCUUCUGUUUCACGGAUAACAACCCCAAUCGUAAAGGACGAUGGAGCCUGUGAAGCAACAGCAGGGGUCGAGAAAAACGCUUAGGUUGGGGAACUGGCCCUUGCCAAGUUCUUGCUGAGUUGUGUUUUUUGUGUGUGUGUGUUUUAAUUAUUAUUAUUAUUGCUUCUCUUGGGGCUGUUUGCUUAAAGCCCAUUGUGUUUUUCUCUGCAAAGUUCCUAGCCUGGAUGGACCCAGAGAAAAGCUGUGGAAACACACACACAGAGAAGGGCACAUACCAACCCACAGGCCCUGCGGCCAAGAGGCAAUUGGCAACAGCCCAACUUGUGGAAUUCUCUGCCCACAACCUGGAUGGCUUGAAGAGGGGUUUGGAUCACUUCAUGGAGGAGAGGUCCUUCAAUGGCUACUAGUCGGAGGGCUAUAGGACACCUCCAGCCUCAGAGGCAGGAUGCCUCUGAGUGCCAGUUGUAGGGGAGUAACAGCAGGAGAGAGGGCAAGCCCUCAGCUCCUGCCUGUGGGCUUCUCAGAGGCAUCUGGUGGGCCACUGUGUGAAACAGGAUGGUGGACUAGAUGGGCCUUCUUGGGCCUGAUCCAGCAGGGCUGUUCUUCUGUUCUUAAGAACUCUUUUGAGGCAUCUUGUUCUGUUUUUGAAGGGCAACCAGAUGUUUCUGAGAAACUGACACAUACCCAUGGCACAAAGGUUAUGGCAUGGCUUUCUCCCAUGACAUUCAUUUUUGGAAGGUGUAAUGUUCUGGUAGGAAGACCAGCACCUCCACCCCUGCAAGCCUAACCAUGUACAAAAAAACCCAACCCCAAAGAGGUCUGCCUGACCCCAGGGUAUGAGUUGGAUUCUCCUACCAACAUUCCAUUCUUGGAAAUCCUGUGAAAUUCACGAGUGCUUCCUGAAUUGUAUCAGUUGAGUAACUUUUUCUGCCUGCUCGCACAUGCUCAGGUAGGCUACACACAUGCACACUAAGUGGAAUGGGUUUGUGUGUAUAUUUUUCAGUUCCACUUAAACACAAACACACACACACAGCCUGUGCUCCCUCUGGGUCCUAUUGCUGCUGCCAGAUAUGUUGAAGUGGAAGGCAGAAGCAACACCCAAACACGCAUGCAUUUAGCUCUCGGACUGUAAGGGUGUGCAUUAUUUUGGACUAUGCAUUUGCUGGUAUCUCCCGUUUGCAAUUGACAUUUAACUCAGGAUGACAGAACACUAAAAGGGUCGCCUCUUAUUUAGUGAAUGAUUUUGCUUAGCUCUGGCAUGAAUCCCCCCCUAAUUCCAUGGCCCACUUAGCAGCCACAAAAGGAGGGGUCUUUUGGAAAGAUCAGAGUGAAAUUUGGGGUAGGGGCAGAACUCAUCAGUCCAAAAUAGGGACACAGCAUUGGGGCAAAGAGGCCAUCAAGAAGAACACCAUGCUAAGUUAGAAAGUUGAGCUUCUCCUCCAACUUCACCCCAGCCUUGCAAAAAUUAACGGGGCUGCCUGCUUUUAGGGGGAUGGAUGAACCCCCUUAAAUCUGGCUGAAAGAUCUCUUUUGAUCGCUUUUUGCCCUGCUCUCCUUUUGCUUGGCAAUCUCUGAGUUAAAUGAGUACGUCACUUGGAGGUCAUUCAGGAGUUGUGAGGCCACGCUACAGGAAUAGUCGUGCACAGCCUCUUACUGUUUUACGAGGGAAAUGCCCCUCCUCGUACGGGGUGUGUGUGUGUGAAUGAGGAAGGUUUCUGUAGUGCAAGGUCCCCAGAGUGUGGGGGCGAAUGUUGGCACGUGCAUUAUAUCUUGGCAUACCCUUGCUGAGCAGACAUGACUGGCAGUCAUUUCUCCAUUUGACGGAACCGUAGAGGGACAUCUCGUAGGGGGAAACUGGUAUAGCCCUGCUCUUGGCAGUAUAGCCCCACCCUAGACUCUUUCUCGUGAUUCUCCUAGAAUGCAGCCCACCGUUAGUAUUGGCUUCUCUGUCUGGAUCUCCUGCCACGAUAAUUUGGGAAUGCUAGCCCUCAGAGGAAGGUUGAGGACCGGUGAGGAUGGAUGAGACCAACGGUCCCCUCAUUUAUUUGCAUGUAUCUGGAUCACACCCUUUGUCUAAGAAUCUCAGGAGGAAGGAAAGGGAGGGGGAGUUCUACCCAACUGCACCUAACCUACCAUCCUGUCCUUGACCGCUGGCUGCUGGCGCCCCCUACUGGAACAGGCUCUCUAUGCUUCCCGGUUGGAGUUGGACACUCCCAAUAUUUACACGAAAGCCAUAUGCUAUAUUUGUACUGAGCUCAAAUGGGAAAGGAAACACAUUCUUUCACACACACACACACACACACAAACUCUUGUUUUGGGUGGGCAGUGGGGACGAGAGAGGAGGGCAGUUUUGGAUGGUCGUGCUGUGUUCUUGUAUGUACAUAAACUUCAGGGGUGUGUUGGGGUGGGGGAAAGAGAGUUACAACCGUCAAUGUUACUUUAUAACCUUUCUAAAUAUCCUGUGCUAAUCUCAGAAGAUAAACCUAUAAAUAUAUCUGGAUUAUACGUGUUA